GAGGGGAGCUGUGUGCAGCGCUCCUCAUCAGUCGGCAGAGGAUUUAUCUGAGGGACAUUUGGAUGCAGGAAAAUAAAUAAAAACAAGAACCAAAGACCCAAAAAGGACCGACACCAUACAAGAGCAGCGAUGCGAUUGGUCAGCGUGGCCGGGGGACGGCUCCGCAGGGCGGCGGAGGAGGAGGGGGAGAGGGAGAGGGAACCUCCACCACCACCGUCGCACCACUCCAACCACCAGUUCUCCAGCAUGAAGAACAAGUUCUUCAAUGAGCUCACACACCUGCCGAAUCAUAAACUCAAGAUGCCCAUGUGGGCGGUGGGAGCCAUCGUGGUCGUGGUCCUCGCCCUCGUGGCCUGCAUGGGAUUCUGCAUCUACAAGAAGUGCUUCAACAAAGGCAAGAAGCCGAAGAAGGCCCGUGAGAGAAAGGCAGGACGAGGACGCAGGAAGAAGGACAAGGAAGGAGAGGAAGGAGAUGAAAAGAAGGAGGGAGAAGAAGGGAAGGAGGAGGAGGAGAAGGAGAACUUUGGAAAACUGGAGUUCACACUGGACUACAACUUUACUGAUAACCAGCUGAUAGUCGGCAUCCUUCAGGCUCAGGACCUGGCAGCCAUGGACAUGGGAGGGACCUCAGAUCCUUACGUCAAAGUCUACAUGCUGCCGGACAAGAAGAAGAAGUUUGAGACCAAAGUCCAGCGCAAGAACCUCUGUCCCGUCUUCAAUGAGACCUUCACCUUUAAGAUCCCCUACAAUGAGCUGGGCGGUCAGACUCUGGUGCUGCAGGUGUUUGACUUUGAUCGAUUUGGUAAACAUGAUGUCAUCGGCGAGAUCAAGAUCCCCAUGAACAGUAUAGACCUCGGACAGCCGUUACAUGAAUGGAGGGAUCUGGUUGGAGGAGAGAAAGAGGAGCAAGAGAAGCUCGGUGACAUCUGCAUUUCCCUUCGUUAUGUCCCCACGGCUGGUAAGCUAACGGUUAACAUCAUGGAGGCUAAGAACCUGAAGAAGAUGGACGUCGGAGGACUGUCAGAUCCCUUUGUAAAGGUGGUGCUGCAGCACAACGGGAAGCGACUGAAGAAGAAGAAGACGUCGGUCAAACAGAACACUCUGAAUCCGUACUUCAAUGAGAGCUUCAGCUUCGAGAUCCCCUUCUCUCAGAUCCAGAAAGUCCAGGUGCUGAUCACUGUGUACGACUACGACAAGCUGGGCAGCAACGACCCCAUCGGCAAGUGCUGGAUUGGCUACGGCGCCUCAGGCGUCGGGCUGCGCCACUGGUCAGACAUGUUGGCCAAUCCCAGGCGUCCGGUGGCCCAGUGGCACACGCUGCUGCCAGAGGAGGAGGUGGACGCUGCUCUGAAGGCCCCCAUCCGCUAAACACACUCACACGUACACAGCACACCAUCAUCUGCAUAGAAGGGGUAUCGUUCAUCUGAAACCAAACAGCUGUUGGUUUAAUGAAAUGACCUCUAACUUUUAUUUAUAUGUAUCUACAUAACUUUCUGUAUUUUAUUUGGGGGUCUAUUUAUAUUAUUGCAUGUGUGCUUUUCUGUUGUUUAAAACUGCAGUGUGGAACUUUUGUCUCCCCCCUCUGGCGGUGAGGGUUAUUACACAAAUAUUGUCACUGUGUGCUUAUAAUCUAUCCCUGCAGGAUCGCUCACUUCACAGCUUUAUUGCGUUCAAUCCUUCCUUAAAAGUUUAAUUUUUUAUCUGGAACAUCCACUCCUGAAACUUUUCUUGGAUGCCUCUGAGCAUUUCCUGCCGUGCGUCUACGUCUUUCCGGCAAUUCAAAAGCUAACACUGGCAAUAAUAAUCAGGCCCUGAUCACACAGUUAGUGUUCUGCAGGUUGCAAGGCGCACUCCACUGCCUGCCUUUUUUUUUUUGAUGCCACUAUUAAAAACCACUUGCUGCGUCUUUUUGUUGCCAAGCAACCACCCCAUCACCACCUUACAGUAACCUUCCUUUGUAAUCAGUCUACUGUUUAUUUGUUGUAUUUAUCCUUCAGUGAGCAUUGUGCGUACUCCUGCGGCCAGGUCUUUGAUGUAAUGGAUGUUCAUCGAUAUACAAAAGUUCCGCACUCCAGCUUUAAAUUCAUUUAUGACUUUCUAAACAAAUAAAUCACCUUUAAAUACAUUAAAGAUAUACUCCAGCGAAUCAGUGUUGCAGUUACAUAAAGUUUUAUAACUUUGUGUAAAUACAACACUUACAUAUUUUUUUUAAAAGGAGGGGGGUGUAAAAACCUCCUCCACAUUCACAGGAGACAUUAUUAACUGUUUUCAUGGGCUGAGUCAGUCGAUCUCCUCCUGAGGAGUAAACUUAACUUGAGUGCUCCUUUAAUAUGUAUUUCACUGACCACCUUUAUCUUGCAGACAAGGUGGUCAUCUCCCUCUCAUGUAAUCAGUGUCCUGACUGUCUCAAGGUUAAAAAGAUCUUUUUCUCCAGCACAGAUCAACUGUCGUGUUUUCACAGUAAUUUUGAUACUGUUGUAUAAAAAGUAUAAAAUCUAUUCUUCGUGUUGGAGUAACUUGAACCUGCUGCUGCAGAGCUGCAGUGUGUCUUUGUCUGUAUGUUUUUUUCUUUAUGUUUCCUCUUGUCAAACCCGAUCACUCUCUUUUUCUUCCAAACAAUUUAAACUUGAUUUUCCUGUGAAAUGA